AUGCUGGAGACAAGAGCAGGGACUGAAUGGCAGCGCAUCUUUGAUGGGACAACGUCACUCAUAAAAAUCGAGGAUGGCUCCAGGAUUGUGUUAGGCUGUCUAAACGAGUUCCAGCGCGAUGCUAUCUUGUGGUACAGGGAAGUGAUCUAUACAGGUAGACUGAACAUGGCAAACAUUCGCUGGAGAGAGAGCACCGUUCAGAACCUCGCAGACAUAGCCAACAAGAUGGCCGAAGAGGGGCUCAUCGCAACGUUGAGUCAGCUUCAGACCAUCGAAGAGGUGCCAGAUCGCGAGGCUUUUCUCAACUGGUAUACAGAGGGGAAGGGAGGUUUUGAAGAGCUCUUUUACGAAGCAAGGACGCCCAGCUGCGGACUGGUCCCCUUCACCAUCGAAGCAGACUCCGCCAAGCCGGUUGUGUGCAUCAUUAGCGCCAACCCCACUGUGAAGCUUCGCGCCAGAAAGUAUUUUGAUAAUGAUUUCAAGCUUGAGCUUCUUAUUUGCUUGGAUGGGCAGGUUGCGGAAGAAUGGGACGAGUACUCUUGGCAGAAAAGUCCCGGGGUGUCCGCCAUGUUUCAUCACAACUUCCUAGUAGAUGGAAAAGCUGUCAACCUGCCGAACACAAGCCAGGCUUUCAAUUGGAGGAAAAUCCCUAAAGCGGGAUUAGAGAAAGCCGUCAUCCAAGGUCACGUGAUAAUUAGCGAGGGAACUGCCUUGACUUCUUCCAGUAACCUGUCGUUCCUUACGGAAUCCGGACUAAGGUCCGCAGACUGCGUUGUCCGGACUAGUAACAAUGGAGAGGUCCUUUUUCACAGGGUAAUGCUAGAAACUCGAGAAGGGACGGAAUGGCAGCGAAUUUUUGACGGGACCACGCCACUGUGCAAGAACCAGGAUGGUUCCAAGUCUCUCGUGACAUCCCUGAAGGAGUUCUCCCAGGAAGCAGUUCUCUGGUACAGGGAGAUCGUCUACGGUCAAGGCAAGCUCGACAUAGCAACACUGAAGUGGAGGAAAAGCGUCGUCCAAAGCCUGGCGGAGAUUGCCAACAAGAUGGGAGAAGAGGGCCUCAUCAAAACCAUGUGUAGUCUUCAGACCAUUGCAGAAGUGCCGGAUCGCGAAGCUUUUUUGGAGUGGUGCACGCUUGGGAAGGGAGGUUUCGAAGAACUUUUCUAUGAAGCAAGGAUGCAAAGCGAUGCAGACAAACUCAAGCAGCUUCGCGAGCAAAAGCGCAAAAGAGACCGCAGUGGACAAAAUUCAGGCUAA